AUGUUAUAAACUGGUUUAGAUUUGUUUAGAGGUCAUUCAUUAUUAUAUUUUUUGAUGAAUUGUGUUAAAAUAAACACCAACUAAGAAUGGCAUGAACAUGUGAUGAGUAGUUAAAAACCAGUUGUUGUUAGUUUUUUCGCUGAAUGGUGUGCCCCAUGCCAUAAGCUGAAUCCUCAAUUAAUCUAAGAAGCUGAGAAGAACUGUGAAAAAUGGUAACUAGCUUUUGUGAAUGUUGACAAUGAGGAACUUUAUGACGUCGUACAAUAAAUAGCGAAAGCCUAAAUUCCAUCAGUUCAUUUACUAAAUAGAGGAACUUCUAUUGAUUCUAUGACUGGAUAUAGCGAAAGAAAAACUAAAUCCUUCAUAGAUAAAGUUUGCAGUUGAUUUUAACUACUUGUUUAUACAUGUUUUGUUAUAAAUAA